GUUAUUAUUCAAGCAAAAAUCAGAUUAUCAAAAGAUUUAUUAUUUUCAACUAUUGUAAUAUCAUCACUAUAAAUAACUGCUAAUAACACCUCUUUCUUCUUGGUUUUCUGUGAUUCUGGUUUUUUUCAGUAUAGUUGCUUUUAUAUAUAUUUGUUUUCUAAACUUUUUCUUAUACUGAAAGAUCAAAAUGGAUUUAGAAAAAAAUAAUCGCAUUGAUGUGGAAAAUGUUAGCUCCUCAUCAAAUGUCGUUCAUAAUAUCGAUAAUGACAAAAAUGACAAAAUUCACGAAAAAUCGCAAUUUUACCAAAAAACUGACAAUUUUUUCUUAUUUCUCAAAAAGGUUUCAAAUAAGUUAGAUUCCUUUGGAGUGGAAGAAAGAGGCAUAGAAAGGGUUCAGCCCUUUGAGAGAACCACAAACAAAAGAAAGGCUAUCUUGCAAGUGAUUGGGUUAUGGUUGUCUGCUGCUGGUGGUUUGUCAUCAACUUCUUCAUUGUUGUUAGGUUCAGUUGUCUUUGGUCUUGGUUUGAAAGAUUCAUUUUUAUCGGGUAUAUUAGGUUUGACUUUAGGUUGUGCAAUUGCUGGUUAUUGUUCAAUUAUGGGUCCAAGAUCCGGCUGUAGACAGAUGAUCUCUGCAAGACUAUUGUUUGGUUGGUGGUUUGUCAAAUUUGUUGCGUUAUUUUCUGUUCUUGGUGUUAUGGGUUGGUCUGUUGUUAAUUCUGUUGCUGGUGGCCAAAUUUUAACUUCCGUAUCUGAUGGCAAGAUUCCAAUUGAAGGUGGUAUCACAAUUGUUGCUUUCAUUUCUUUAAUUGUUUCCAUUUAUGGUAUCAAGCAGCUAUUAAGAGUCGAAACUUUAUUGGCUUUUCCUGUGUUAACUGCUUUUCUCUUAUUGUAUGUUGUAUCAGGCCCCAAAAUGUCCUAUCUCCCAGAAUCACACUCCCAUGGUGAUUCUAUAACCAUUAAGGGUAAUUGGUUAUCUUUUUUCGCUUUAUCCUAUGCUUGUACUUCCACUUGGGGCUCAAUUUCUGCUGAUUAUUACAUUCUUUUCCCUGAAUCAAUUAAUGAUGUGGAAACUUUUUUCAUUACCUUCUUUGGUAUCUUGAUUCCUACUUCCUUCGUCAGUUGUAUUGCUUUAAUUUUAUCAAACAUUGCUAACGCUUAUCCUCCAUGGCUUGAAGCUUAUGAAAAUCUUGGAAUGGGUGGUUUGCUAGCCGAAGCUUAUUCUCCUUGGGGUGCUGGUGGUAAAUUUUUAUUAAUGUUAUUAUUUUUAUCUUUAAUCUCAAAUAAUAUCAUUAAUACUUACUCUGCUGCCUUUGGUCUUCAAUUAGAUGGAGGUUGGUUGGCAAAAGUUCCAAGAUUUCUUUGGGCCAUCAUUCUCACCUUGAUUUAUUAUGCUUGUGCUAUGAUUGGUAGAAACCAUUUUGCCACCAUCUUAGGUAAUUUCCUACCCAUGAUUGGUUAUUGGAUUUCAAUUUAUUUUAUUUUGUUGCUUGAAGAAAACCAAAUUUUCAGAACAAAAUGGUUUAUUCAUCUUUAUACCAAAGAAUUUGAACAAGCAAAUUCAGAUUCUGAUAAUUAUAUUCAAUCACACCAAUCUGAACUUCAUAGUGCUAAAAUUACCAAAAAGCAAUGUUACAACUGGGAAAUUUGGAAUGACGCUAGCAAAAUGACUAAUGGUUUUGCUUCCAUGGGCGCUUUUGCCUUUGGUGCUGUGGGGGCUGCCAUGGGAAUGGCCCAGGUAUACUAUAUUGGUCCAAUUGCUGCAAAAUUUGGUGAAUAUGGUGGUGAUCUUGGUAUGUGGUUAGCAAUGGGUUUUUCAGGUGUGACUUAUCCAUUUUUCAGAUACUUGGAAUUAAAAAAAUUCGGUCGUUAGUUUUUAUUUUGAUCUUUUAUUUUUUUCAACAAUGAUAUAUAAACUUUUAAAAACAUUUAUAUUUUUUUUUCGAUCAUUUCCAUUAUUCUUUUCCCUUUAUCUCUCUCCUUUGAGGGUUUUGUUUAUUUUAUAAUGAUUGCUUUUUAAUUGUUAAUUUUAUUUUUUUUCUGUAUAUUAUUGUAUUUUUUUGAUUUAAUUAU